AUGGGUGGAAAAUGCGAGGAUGAUUCUUUUUCUUUGAACGAAGGUAAUGUCCUAAAUAGUUUUUUUGUUUCAUGUGUGCGGCUACGAUUCACUCCUCUCAACUUUGAAUUGGAAAGACGCACGGUACAUCUGCUCCGACAGAUGCUAAUGAGCUCUUUUAACCAAACACGCGCCUGGGAUGCACUUAGAAGGACGCAGCUGCUUAAUCUUGUAGUAGAAGCUCUGGGAUCACGUUCACGACUACAUUCUCUUGCGUCUGAAAGUACCAUUCUUGAAGAUUAUAUGCGAGUGGUAGAGCUUGCCGCUGAAGCGAAUGCUUUUGAGUGUAUGCGCCAAAUUACUCUCGACGGGAGCACUGACGCUGGAUUGUUUGCCUUUUUUACACUUUUGGUAAGAAUUCCUUUGCUUGAUGGAGGGUUAAACCUUCAUCGCGCCUGUUUAAAUUCAUACGUGCGGACCAUUUUGCUUUUGUUGUCGGAUGCGAGGAGUUGUACUCUCCUAACCCGCAUGAGGCUCUCACCGAUGCAGUUGCUUCUUAAUUCACUUGCCCAAACCCCUUUAGAUCGGCAAGAUGUCUCUCUUUUUGGGUUCCGAGGCAUAGUUCAGAUACUGCUGGGCACUUCUCAGUUGACCAAAAUGUGGGUGGAGGAUUUUGCCAAUUUCGAUGGUCCAGCGAAGUGCCUAUCGACCAUUAUUCAAUGGUGCAGCAUGAACGAAGACUUAAGCGCUCCCCUGUGUGAGAAGAGCACACUGCUGUUUGAUAUUCUUUGUCUUUUCCUUUCGCUUCCUGAUAGUGGAAGAUUGCCUUGUCACUCGCUUUACAUCUACCUCAUGUCUUUUCAUUGGGAAAUGGAAGAAAUGGAGCCGGAUCCAUCAGUUUAUAAAUCCACAUUGGGCUUGUUCGGACUUAGGCUUCUUGUGCGGGCCGCUCUUGUAGCCAUGAAACGUCGGCGUUUGUUAUUUUAUUACCUUUCCCGACUCCUCACCUGUGCAAUUCGCAUCGGUAACGCUGACAUUGUGGCGGCUGGGCUUGUUAGUGGGGAUAUGGUGGAUGUGCUAAGGCGAUAUAUGUAUUACUGCUCUGAGAUGGACGAAGUGGGUUUGGGAAGUGUGAUAGCGACCAUAGUGCGUCUGUGCCUGAUGGUAUGUGCCUCGCAGACGAGGUACGUAAAACAAAAAAAUGGAGGCUUUCGGCUUUGCGCUCUUGUAGUGGAGCUUGCCUCGGGUCCCAACACGAGGACUCUGCGGUAUACUAUUCAAACCCUCACUCUGUUGGCCGGCCUUGGGAAUGAAACGUUUUUUUUCACCAAGCUCGUUUCCGCAGGGCUGUUUGAAGAACUUAGUAAACGACUUCAAUAUUUAUCUAGCCCAGGUGAAAUUCAGUUGGUGAUCGAGUUGUUAAAGGAGGUUUGUACAAGGGUGCCUUCCCUGCAAGGAAGGUUUUUACGGAUUUCCGAUACUAUCGUUGACUUGAUGCAAACUGAGGCGAAGAAUGGACCGAGACUUCUUCUGGAGUCUGCCGAUUUAUUGUCUCUUGUAAUGGUGCAGUUCCGAGAGGGUGAGUUAAAAAUUCAAAAAUCAUUGCAGCGGCUGCUCACUCAGACAAACUUUGAGUCCAUCGGAUCUAUCAUAACCAGUUGUUGGGCGUUACAGACAUGUAUACGGUCUGUAAAUCUAUGUUCAGCUGCACGAGUGUUUGAUCUGACGGAAGUUGAGAGUAUAUUAGUUUGCUUUAGAGACCUUUGUGUGAGUAUGGGCUCCAUCUUUUGUUUAAAGUUGAGGAACUUUGAUUUUUGCGCAUUGUAUGAUGAAAUGAGCGCCUACCACCGUCAUCAGAGGGAUGCGUGCGUGACGGAGCAGCAGCCGCAGCAGAGGUAUCUUCUUAUGUGUGAUUUUUUAUUACUUGUAACGCAUCUUAUAAGUCUUCUUCAUGUAAAUGCCCCAGAGAAAUCCAGAAUAGUUCUUUCUCGUAAGCUUGAAGAAAUCAUUGUCGCCGGACCGUUUCUUCAGUGCCGAUUGUAUACAUCUAUUAUUACCCGGGCAUUUCUGGGAAUGUGCUCAGUUAGCUCUUUUGUUCUUUUGGGCGAAAUUCAAGCUUCAAAGGAGCCCUGUAUUGACGUUUCUGUGACACGUCAGGAUUUAACAUCUGGGUGGAAACUUUGCACUUCCUACGGGGACGAUUUAUUUGCGUGUGAGAAGCAACGUAUUGUCUUUCCCGAGUAUCUCCAAAGUUUGUUUAAAGUGCUCUAUCGACAAUCGCAAACGGCAGAGCAAGCUUUACUAGGAGCGUCAAUAAUAUAUCUUCUUCUUGAUAUUUACUCCAACUUCUUGGAAAACAUUUACGCCCUGGCGGAGAGAAGGACGGUAACACUGUUGUCAGAGAUAUUGGCGGUGACAAUUGCAGGGGAUGAAGGAUGCAUGAGAAAAUGUAUUCAACAACUCGUCACAGUUACACAGAAGUUGGGUGCAUGCGGCUUUAGUCAUAAUGCACUGCUUUUCUUGAUACAAAUGUGUUUGCGUAGACGCACGGUGGAUUCUGUGGAGUAUGAAAAUGUGGCCACCACAACUGUACUUUCAGCAUGGAAGAAGAUGUUGCAGAAUUCCACUCCAAGUUCUCAGCCGAUGUCUUUUUGGGGAAUAUCUGUUGGCUUCCCGACCGUAACAGGAUGCCAGAUGACUGCCAUACAACGCCUCAAGAGUGAUAUGGGGCUCUAUGGUGGAGUAGACAUACCGAUCAAUCUGACCGUUCCAAAGGGCAGAAAGUGUAUUUCAGCCGUACUUUGGUUUCUCGUGGAGAAAAGUACGCCCCUGUCCGUAGAAGACGCUGAUUUUGUUUUGUUAUCACUUUUUAUGGAUCGAAAUAAUCUUUCGUUACUGUUGGUUCUCUCCGACGGGGGUGGGUUAAGUCUGAGAGUCGUGUUGCAGGGAAAUCGGGGUCAAACUUCAAAGACUGUCCCUGUACCAUUCAUAAAAGUUCCGAGGGAGAAGUGGUGUAUGGUUUCAAUGUCAGUACUUUUGGGGCAUCGGGCAAAAACAUCAAUUUAUACAAAACUCCGCAUGGAUAUCAGAAUUUCGUUACAUGCUGCUUCUCAUGAUGCCGUUUCAUCUUCAACUGAGGCAACCCUCUGUAUUGAGAUUUCUCUUGGCGUAUUGGGAAGGGUGGAUCGUCGGCCGUGGAAAGUGUAUUCAGUCUGCUUGGGUGCCUCUUGUGCAUCUACCGAUGCCUGCCCGCAACAAUUACUCUUUGGGUCUCUCGGAAUGUUUGCGGGUCCCUUAUCCAAGUUGGAAAAGACAUCUCUGUUUGUGAUGGGGAGCGAUAAUCUUUUUUCCCUUUCUUUCAUGGACAGAAAUUUUGUCAUUGACCUAUAUCCCACCUUGGCGAACGUAAUGGAACGGGAAGAAGGGAAGCUUACGGAGGAACUUAUGUUGCUCUCAGCAGUGUGGAUACGAAGCGGAAUUCCUAACACGAAGGGUCAAGUUCGGUUUUCCAGAGCCCCUUUUCCGUUUGGUAAUUACCGCAGCAAGGAAUAUUUGCCUGUCGUUGUGGGUGUUUUUGGUGGUGAACUCUGCCUAGUGACACAGCCGGAGCGUCGUGGACUUUCCGGUGACAUGGCUGAACGACAAGAUGCGGAUGUAACGUCAUGGAGUCCAGCGGUUCACCGCCUGACGAAGAUUGGAUCCGUGACACUGGUCUCUCUUAGACUCUCCACUGACGAGGAAAAUAUUCGCCUCUUUGGAAGCAUGUGGGUGGAAGCAAACGGUCCACGAUUUCAUUCCGUGACGCCGAUUUAUUCUGCUCUGGAUGCUGUUGGGGGGAUUCCGUUUUUUGCCUGGCUGGCUUCGUUGCAGGCGCCACAUUCAAAAGCGUUUGAAGAGGUGUGGGAAUGUGUAUGCGCCAUUAUACUUGGACACUCACCGGAAAGUCUGUUGUGCCCAACACCAUCGCAUGGAGGUCGACACCUUGUAGUUCUACUAAGAGCAAUGCUGCAUGCUCGUAUAGCAAUAUCGGAGAAAAUUGCGGCUUCAUUGUUUGAAGCCGUUGGACAUUGUUUAAUUGUGAGGGCAGACCUCUUAUCGCUUAUGCUUGACUUUACAUUAUGGUCUCAAGACGCCGAUGCGUUUCGCAUGGUGCUAUGCAAAUUAGAAAAAUACGCAGUGGAUCCUCAGUACGGUUCUGUCAAUAGUCAAAUUCUUCGGUUUGGAGCAAAUUCUCAAUUUGGGGUGAAUGGGUGUUAUGCCUUGGAGAAAUUUCUUAUGCAUCUUCUCAUGCAUUUUGCGGGUCACACUAAUGGUAACUGGGACACUUCUAUUAUUGGUUGCGCGAUGAGCUUUGUGACCGCCUUAUGUUGGAGGACUUCUCAUCUGAGAAAAAUCGUACAGGCCGUCAUCUGCCUGUUUAUGGGUAACGAGACACCUCAGUUGGUUCUUGUGGAAUGGGCGGUUGGACUACUGAAUGUUGUCCAUAGUGUCAUGAGGACGAGUGACCCUGGGAAGUUGAAAGAAGAUAAAUUUCUUGUUUCCAGUGUUGUGGCCCUCUUGAAAUGUUCGGAUGAGAUGGUGCGGUGCAAGGCCCUCCCCUUGUUUUCAUACUUGCUGAUACCGCGAGAGCAAAUUGUUGCCGCGGUAGAUGUGUACUUGACCCGAAAGGCGACUUUUCCAGAUUCUCCUUGUCUCUCUAAGAAGGAGCUUGACAUAAUUACGGAUGUGGUUCGGCAAGGCGCAAAAUUGGGCGAAACAGGGCGAGUACAGGCCCUCGUUUCAUUUCUCCUUGCGCUUUUUUUGCAUCUGCCAACCGCCUUUCAGAUGCAGAUUAUGCAGCUUUUGCGCGAAGUCGUUGAAAAUAAAGGGUUAUCCUCACGUGACCUUCUUUGCGGUGCUGAGGGUGGUGAGUGUUUAGUGGAGCCGAUACCAAGUUACUUGAUUGGCAUUUUUCCCACUGUGGCAAGUGAAGGGUCUGCCGUGAUGGAGCCUUUUAUUGAGCUACUCACGGCCACGGCGGUGCAGAUGAUUAAAGUCUCAUGGGGUUCAGAAGAUGCUACUUGUAAACAUCUGCUGCGCGAUGCAAUACGGGUUAUUUUCCAGACGCUUCCAAUAAGGGGCGAAAACGAACAUGCGCGUGUAGGUGAGAUGGAUCUCAAUAGAACAGGAAUGUUUUUGAAUUGCUUUGGUGCGCCGUGCUUUCACAUGUUUGCCGUUCUCUCAAAGCGUGGCUGCUCCCUGUCGCUUGUGGACGAUUAUUUUUCUUUUAUCCGCUCCAAUGCAGACAUUGUGAUGCUUU